AUGGCGGCCGUAAUAGUUGCCACCCGGCGAAUUCUCAGCCCCACCACCACCGCCUCGUCUGCCCUCCGAGCAUCGUGGCAACCGCAGCAGUCGUCGGCAGCAACAGCCAGUGGACGGACAGCGGCGCGCUUCUUAACAUCGAGCGUGUUCCGCACCAGGGACAACAACAGCAACAAUAAUCCAAACCCCGACCCCAAGCCGGCGCCACCCCACACGAACCAGAACCCAUCGUAUCCCAAGUUCAACCUCAGAGAAAUCGUGCCGAACCCGCGGGUUCGCCGGUGGCUAGUCGCCGGGCUCGUCGCCAUGGCGCUGCUGGAGCUGUCGGCGUGGGUCAAGUUCUAUCCCAAGAUCAUGGGCGGGAAAGGAGGGGACGGUUCGUCUCCUGCUGGCAGUGGAGGGAAUAGUAGCUCGUCAGCGUAG